UUUCACCGUUCACACUUUAACCGAGAUCAAAACUUUGAGAGGUGGAACAACAACGACACUUCAACAUCGUUUUGAUAGGCAACUAACUGUUCAACGUCUGCAAACGACGGGGACACUGGUUCAAAUGGAGAAAUCUACAAAUUUCCGCAUCGAUGCGCUUCUCGCUGUUGACCCGCCGAAGGUGCAGACAUCUCCGCUUGCGCUUGUGACUUCUUUAUCCUCCUCUUCCAUUUCAUCGUCCGGAAGUGUACAAGCCUCAGAAUUGAAUGCCGACUCUUUAAGGACUGAGACUCCGUCUCCACCGAGGAUUUCCUCCUGUGGUUUGAUUCCUAAACCGGGCUUCUUGAACAGUCCCCACAGUAUUGUUGGAUUACAUCCACAGAGUAGCGCAGGGAUCCCUCCCCAGGCUCUCUACGGCCAUCCCAUGUAUACCUACUCCCUCGGGCAGCACCCUGCCCUGUCCUAUUCAUAUCCUCAUGGGUCCCAUCACCACCAUCCCAGUGACUCCCUCAAACUGUCUGCCGGGACCUUUCAGCUCGACCACUGGCUGCGAGUCUCCACAGCGGGAAUGAUGCUACCCAAAAUGCCCGAUUUUAACUGUGAGUAUUCUCAGGCCCAAUCAAACUUGCUUGGAAAGUGCAGAAGACCAAGGACUGCAUUCACAAGUCAGCAGCUCCUGGAGCUGGAGCAUCAAUUCAAACUAAAUAAGUAUCUGUCACGACCAAAGCGCUUUGAAGUGGCUACAUCCUUGAUGCUGACGGAAACGCAGGUGAAAAUUUGGUUCCAGAACAGGCGGAUGAAGUGGAAACGGAGCAAGAAGGCCAAAGAGCAAGCCGCGCAGGAGGCAGAGAAUAAGAAAAACAACAAAAACGGCCAGGAGAAAUCUGACGGACAGGAAAAAACGGAUUAUCAAAAGACUGGUUCUGCAAAAAGUAACAGAAUAAGAGACUUCAGGGACAGUGACGAUGAUGACGGUGGCAACUUCCUGUACAACUCCUCGGAUUGCUCUUCAGACGACGAGAGAAACCACACCAGUGAUAUAAGUCCACAACCUUGAGACAGGGACCUGAGACAGGGACAAGGAAACUUGGGACAAGGAAACGUGCAUUUUUGAAAAACUAUACACUCCUUAAACUACAGAUGCAUGUAGGCCUACAGUAAUAAAAACAUUAAAACCUACCCGGAAAUUCAGAAAUAAAAUGAGAAUAAUUUGGAAAACACUAAAGGAUCCAUGCCUGACUGAGAUUCAGUGUGUGCAGAAUGGCUCUAGCAAGCAAGGUCAGAUUGACGUUUUAGAAGGUAGUAUUGAGGUACAUUAUUUGUAACAUUGCAUGGUUUUAUGUGAUAAUGUCAUGUUUUCACUCAGUUGUUUUAGGACCCUAAUGUCCACUACAAUCAUAUGGGUUCUCCACUAUAGGGGUUAUUAUCAUAAUAUUUUGAUAUGGCGACCAAUUGUAAAUUCAGACAAGCCACAUUUUGCAUUUUUUUUUGUUUUAAUAUAGUAAUAAUAAUAAUAUAUGCCAUUUAGCGGACGCUUUUAUCCAAAGCGACUUACAGUCAUGUGUGCAUACAUUCUAUGUAUGGGUGGUCCCGGGGAUCGAACCCACUACCCUGGCGUUACAAGCGCCAUGCUCUACCAACUGAGCUACAGAAGGACAAUAUUUUGAUAUGGCGACCAAUUGUAAAUUCAGACAAGCCACAUUUUGCAUUUUUUUUUGUUUUAUGUUUUUGAACAUUGUGUGGUUUUACACUUAUGUCAUUGCGUCAUAUAGGCCUACCAUUUACGUGCAGAAAAAUGUUAUGCGUUUAUUUUUGUACACUGUGUUUAUAAAAUGUCUACAUGUCUGCAUGCUAAAUUAUUGUUUACCGUCUCCCAUGGUACAGACGACAUUAAAUAAAUGUGUUUUUCAAUGCUGACGAAUGUGAAUCUAUUAAACACACUUUUCCAA